UAUCAUUCGGGUGCAAAGAGGAAUUUCUGUAGAAAACAGCUGGCAGAUUGUUAGGAGAUACAGUGACUUUGAUUUGCUGAACAACAGCUUACAGAUUGCAGGCCUAAGUCUACCUCUUCCUCCCAAAAAAUUGAUUGGCAACAUGGAUCGUGAAUUCAUAGCUGAGAGACAGAAAGGUCUUCAGAACUAUCUCAACGUUAUCACCACAAAUCAUAUCCUGUCUAAUUGUGAGCUGGUUAAGAAGUUUUUAGAUCCAAACAACUAUUCCGCCAACUACACUGAGAUUGCCCUACAGCAAGUCUCCAUGUUCUUCCGAUCAGAACCAAAGUGGGAGGUGGUGGAACCCUUGAAAGACAUAGGUUGGAGGAUAAGGAAGAAAUAUUUCUUGAUGAAGAUUAAAAAUCAGCCAAAGGAACGGCUAGUGUUAAGCUGGGCUGACCUUGGUCCCGACAAGUAUCUGUCAGAUAAAGAUUUUCAGUGUCUAAUAAAACUCCUGCCUUCCUGUUUGCACCCUUAUAUCUAUCGGGUCACCUUUGCCACAGCUAACGAAUCCUCAGCAUUGCUUAUUAGGAUGUUUAAUGAAAAAGGAACUUUGAAGGACCUGAUCUACAAGGCAAAACCAAAAGACCCGUUCCUAAAGAAGUACUGCAACCCUAAGAAGAUCCAGGGCCUUGAACUCCAGCAAAUAAAAACAUAUGGGCGGCAAAUAUUAGAGGUACUAAAGUUUCUACAUGACAAAGGAUUCCCUUAUGGGCAUCUUCAUGCCGCCAAUGUGAUGCUAGAUGGCGACACUUGCCGGCUGCUAGACCUGGAGAAUUCCUUAUUGGGCCUUCCUUCCUUCUACCGAUCCUAUUUCUCACAAUUCAGGAAAAUCAAUACAUUGGAAAGUGUGGACGUCCACUGCUUUGGCCACUUACUGUAUGAAAUGACUUACGGACGACCACCAGAUUCAGUGCCUGUAGACUCCUUCCCUCCUGCACCGUCUAUGGCUGUCGUGGCCGUGUUGGAGUCUACGCUGUCUUGUGAAGCCUGUAAAAAUGGCAUGCCUACCGUCUCCCGGCUCUUACAGAUGCCAUUAUUCAGUGAUGUUUUACUAACCACUUCUGAGAAGCCGCAGUUUAAGAUUCCCACAAAGUUAAAAGAGGCAUUGAGAAUUGCCAAAGAAUGUAUAGAAAAAAGACUAAUUGAAGAACAGAAGCAGAUUCACCAGCAUCGAAGACUGACAAGAGCUCAGUCUCACCACGGAUCUGAAGAAGAGAGGAAAAAGAGAAAGAUUUUAGCUCGAAAGAAGUCAAAACGAUCUGCUGUUGAAAAUAGUGAAGAGCAUUCAGCAAAAUACAGCAACUCCAAUAAUUCAGCAGGAUCUGGGGCCAGCUCACCUCUCACAUCCCCGUCAUCACCGACUCCACCCUCUACAGCAGGGAUGUCCGCAUUACCUCCACCGCCUCCGCCUCCGCCUCCACCACCAGCAGCUCCCUUGCUUCCUGCAAGCACAGAGGCGCCUACACAGCUCCCGCCCCAGGCUGUGAAUGGUGUGAGCCGAGGGGCCUUACUCAGCUCCAUCCAGAAUUUCCAAAAGGGAACUUUGAGGAAAGCCGAAACCUGUGAUCACAGUGCUCCGAAGAUCGGCUGAAGCUUCGUGUUUACACUUGGAGGGAAAAGUUCUUUGUUUUUUCCUCCCACCUCCACCCACUAAAGUACUCUUUCUGGAUGAACAGUUGCUGAGCCAGUAAAGCCACGUCCUGUUUUGCAGAUGCUCAUCUAAGAGGCUUCUCAAGAGGGAAGUAUCCAAGUAGAAUACAGUCAGGCUGGCGUUUCUGCCUUAAGAAAUAAUUUGCUCCUUUAUUACCAUUUUAAAGGAGUCUUGUUCAUCCUCUAAUGGGCAUCUUUUGGGGACAGCAGCAUAUUGGAAUCAACAUUUUCACCAACUGAAGGACACGGACAGGAAAACAAUGACAAUAUUCACUCCCAGCAGUGAAUGACCUUUGUGUUGCAAUCCUUCCUAUCCCAUCAGACGGCUCCCAGAAAUGUUCCUCUCAUAGUUCAUUUCUCUAUAUAAAGCAUUUUCUGGUUAUUUCUUAGAGAACUCCCAUUCUUGCUACCUUAUUUCAUCUUAAACAUUAACACUGUAGUCCACAGCAUAGUUACGUCAUGGAGUCAGAGAAGUACGGAGUUCAUUUUCCACUCAAGUAGGCAGGGCCAAGUCCAGUCCAUAACAUUCUCUCGGUUCUGACAGGAACACCGCUGUGGUUACAGAACUCAGGGCUGCUAAAGCAACCACUCUGGACUCACAGUUCCUUUGAGUUUGAGUGUACUGAACAGACAGAAGAUAUUAACAUCAGAAAAAGCUCUUGCCAAUUAGAGGACCUUCCUAAUCAGCAAUAAAGUCAAGUUUGUGGUUUGGGGGGGAGGGGGAGAGGGUUACUAUUACAACAAAAGUAAAUUUGGCAUCCACAGAAAUCAGUUCUGAUUUUUGAAAGAUUUGUCCAAAUAUAUCACCUUUUUAAUGUUACUCAUUUAUUAGAUCCUUUAUCCUACGAUUUGCUUACACCCUUAAAUAAAUUGCACUUUAAAGGAUUAUAAGUAAUCCAUUUAAAAAUUCAAAUACACACAUCAGUGUUGGUUACUAUGCAGAGAGAAUGUCAUUGUGUAUAGUUUCAUUUAAUCUGUGAUAAAUGUUCAGCUGUAUUUUUUAUUAAAAUAAACCAUGUCCAGAAAA